AGUAAAUCCUGGAGGAAGAUCAAGAACAUGGUGCAUUGGUCACCCUUUGUAAUGUCCUUCAAGAAACGGUAUCCAUGGAUACAGCUAGCAGGACAUGCAGGUAGCUUCAAGGCUGGAGCAAAUGGAAAGAUUUUGAAGAAGUAUUGUGAGUGUGAGCAGAGGUGCCUGGACCAGCUGAUGGAUGAUGCUCUGUGCCCCUAUGUGCCAGCUUACCACGGUGAGGUGGAGAAGGAUGGUGAGAGGUACAACCAGAUGGAUGACCUGCUAGCAGAGUUUGACCUGCCCUGUGUGAUGGACUGCAAAAUGGGAGUCAGGACCUACCUGGAAGAGGAGCUGACUAAAGCAAGGAAGAAGCCCAGCCUGAGGAGGGACAUGUAUCUGAAGAUGGUAGAGGUGGAUCCAGAUGCACCAACAGAAGAGGAGAAGGCUCAGCGUGCUGUUACCAAGCCACGCUACAUGCAGUGGAGAGAGACCAUCAGCUCCACCUCUACUCUUGGCUUCCGGAUCGAGGGAGUCAAGAAUGAAGAUGGGACUGUGAAUCGUGACUUUAAGAAGACAAAAACCAAAGAGCAGGUUGUGGUGGCUUUCCAAGAGUUCACUAAGGGGAACAGGGUUGUUUUGAAAAAAUACCUUGAUCGUUUGAAGCAGAUUAAGGACACAGUGGAGGUCUCACCUUUCUUCAGGACUCAUGAGGUGAGUGACAAUUUGUACACAGAGAAUGGUUACAGUACAUACAGAGGCCAUUCAGCCCAUCGUGUCUGUCAGUAAGCAAUUCACCAAGUGCCACUCCCCAGCCUUCUCUCCACAAACCGGCACAUUCUUCCUUUUUUGGGAAUGGUUUAACUUUCUGUUUCAAUUGGCCCUGCCUUCACCACACUUUCAGUCACUGCAUUCCAGACCCUAAGCAAUUGCUGUGUGAAAAUAGUUUCUCCUCAGCUUAUUUUACCUUUAUUUUACAUUCUUCUACCAAUAGGAACAGUUUUUCCCUACCUACUCUGUCCAGGCGCCAUUUUGA